UCGAAAGUUCAAACGAGCAGCGCACGAGUGGUAGGGGCUCGGAGAAAGAAAAUAAAUUAAAAGAAGCUUCUCGAACAGCGAGACGCAUGCCCGGCGCUGUACUUAUAAGCCUAAGAGGAAUCCAAGGGGAAAAAAAGCUCGCGGCCGCAUCGUUUUGCAUUGCUCUCCGAGUCUAUAAAGCAAUGUUCUGGCCGCCCGAUGAGUACAGUAGGCAAGCAACUUGCGCUUGUUACGAGACACACGCCUUUGAGUAGCUCCUUCGCUGCUGGAUGUUUGUAGAGCCGCGCGCUAAUUAAUGCUGUCCGCUUGAAGUCCGAUUGUAGUGCGCAAGGUAAGUCGCGGUUCCGCGCAAGCACAGCGAGCGGUUGGAAUUUUCCCUCUUGUUUCUUAUCUACACUGCGAGAUAAAAGAGCAGCGGGUAUACGUUAUAUUUUGGUGUGUUAUUUCGUACCUACCUCGGGCGUCGAGUAUGAACGCGAUAAAGAAGAAGCUGCAGACGUUGAAGGUCGAGAAGGAGCUUGCAAUGGACCGAGCGGAAGCUUGCGAGCAGCAGGCGAAGGAAGCCGUAGGACGUGAAGAGAAGCUGCGGGAUAAGGUCGACGAACUGGAGAAAAAGCUGGCGCAGAUGAAGGGCGAACUCGAGGUGAGCCGACAGCAGCUCGGCAAGUCCAUAGCCAACCUCGAGAACAAGGAGAAGGCUUAUCUGAUGGUGCAGUCGGAGCUGGCGAUGCUCAACCGGCAGAUGCAGCAGUGCAUGGGCAAUCUGGAAAAGUCGGAGGAGCGGCGCAACGUCGCCCAGGCGAAACUCGCUCAGGCUAUUCACAGCGUCGAGGAUGCAAAGAGGAUCUGCAGGGUACUGGAGAACCGCAGUAAGCUCGACGAGGAGCGGAUGGAUGUGCUAACGAAGCAGCUGAAGGAGGCGAGACUGGAGGCAGAGGACGCGGACUCGAAGUCGGAGCAGAUAUCCAGACAACUGGCGCUCGUAGAGGACGAGCUCGAGGCCGUCGAGGAGAGGGUCAAAUGCACCGACGCCAAAAUCGCCGAGAAAGAGGACAAGCUCUUCAUAGUCGGCAACAUUCUUAAAUCCCUCGAGGUCUCCGAAGAAAAGGCCAAUCAACGCGUGGAGGAGUUUAAAGCUCAGCUGAAGAGUUUGAAAUCACGACUGAACGAAACGGAAAAACGAGCAGUUUUUGCGGAAAAGUCGGUGAAAUCCUACCUGGCGGAGCUGGAUCUGAGGGAAGAGCGACUGCGCAAGGAAAAGGAAAAGUUCAAGUAUAUGUGCGAUGAUUUGGAUUCGACGUUCGCCGAGUUGACCAGCUACUAAAAGUGUUGGCCCUUUUCUCUCUCUCUCUCUCUCUCUCUCUUUCGCAUUCUUUUUCUCUCUCUUUUAUCCGCUAUACUGCGCGCUAUUUCUGGGCGCAUACACUCGUCGGGCAGACUCAUGUGCCCCGGUGUGACUUGAACGAGUUCACGAGUUUGUAUUUUUGGCAAAUAAAUAAAUAAAUCCAUGGUAUAAUA